AUGAGUUUGGGCACUGGAGCUGGGAUUCCUACGACAGCAGACGAGUGGGCAACUAUUCAAGAAAAAAUUGAGUUACACGCCCGCUCACCCUACAGCAUCAAAGAUAAGCGCGUGCUAUGGUGUCAAGGUAUAAUAGUCCUUUUGAGUGGUGUGCUGUAUUUAAUCAGUCUCUUGCGUCGAGCCACUCUCAACGGUAUUUGGUGCUUCAAGAAGGACGUCGAGGGAUACUGGCAUCCUAAUGUUCAUGUUGCAAUUCCCAUCGUAACCAUUGCCCACGCCGCUGUCCAAACAGCUGGCAUUGGUUUAAUUGUGAUCGCUGAUGCUCCGGAAGACAAGGUGCCCACCAUCGUAGCUUUGAAUCUUACUGCAUGUAGUAUGCUAUACUAUGCUGGAUGGACAAAAGUAUGGGCAGUCCUCUACGCCCUACCAUCCUCCAUCUUUCGGUUGCGCCGAAGAGAUGUCCUUGGCUCCACAGCAAUGAUCACCAAACGUCGCAUUCUUUCUCCCAACAUUUUCAAUAGAUUCAUUCUGGCAGGAUAUUUAGUCGGCAUGCUCCCCAUACCGUGGCUCACAUUUACGGUCUAUUGGGUACAGAAGAUAUUAGAUCGAUUACAAAAUUUCCGAAUUACAGCUCAACACUUAAUUAUCAAUCUGUCCAUCAACGAAACCCCAGGUACCAGCUUGCUCAUGGCAUUGAGAGCGGCAUCUGAGAUCAAAAACUUACGAAAAGCUCAAGAGAAGGCUUUACAAAACCUUCGAAUUUUCUCUGGCGUGUGGCUUGCCAUCUCAGUUGCCGCACUCUUCAUUUUCCUCGGCGGUUCUUUUGCCCUCCUGCUCGCAUUGACUGGACAAAUUGAGAUAUUGACGAAAAUCCAAAAGCAGCGUGAGCUGUUGAUUAGUGGCAAUCGGUCUGAUUUUCCGACGAAGUCCUCACAGGCAGCGAAAAAUAUACAGACCCAUGGGGAAGAAGGCAAACUUUCCCGCCCUGGUUUCCUAUCUCGCCUCAAAACUUGGAUACCAACCCUAGGUGAUGAUGAUGAUGAUGAUGACCUUUUGGGAAUGCCACCAACGACCACACCACCUUCAUAUCACAUAUCGAGAGCCGACGAGCUAGUGAAAGGCUCAGCUCGGAUGUCAUACCUCUACGACAAUGCCAAUCAGGUAAAUCAUGCCUCCCGUAAAAAUCACAAGCAGUUAGUCAGUUAUUGCGUCCGGUUUGCAUGGCAAGCUGUGUUCUGCACCGUGAUAGCAACUUCCUAUAUUGUCCUCAACAUUUUUGUUGUUUUCAAUGUACUGGAUGCGCCCCGAUCGAUUACUCUGAGCCAGCUUCUUCGUACUAUCGAGCAAUGGGCAGCAUGGUCUUGGGGCGGUGGCCCCGGCGCAGUCUUAGGGUUCCUUGCUUGCAUCGUCGCCUUUUCCAAAAACCCGGUCCUCCCACAAGAGCCGGAAAAGGGCCCACCCGCUGCUGAUCAAGAUGAUAUCGACGAAGACGACGAUCACGACACUCGGUCUCGUCAACAUGCCCUCACGGCAGAAAAGCUUCACAUGCACGGCACCCGAGAUAUUGUGGCUUUUCCUGUCUCGCCUAAACGACCAGACGCAGCUCUCACUGAUCCGAGUGGCUUAGGAAGCUGGAAAGGGAUUCGCCCAAAGAUGAGCUUUGGAUCGAACUCCCAAAUUUCGCUCUCUGCGCCCAGUCGCAACCAGGAGACCUCGUCAGAAACCAGCGCAAAAUUCAGUCGGACGCAAUCGCCUUUUCAGAUUCUGAGUCUCACAAAUUCAAAUUUCGUGAGGUUGAAGCCGGCCAAACCAUAUCCACUGGCCCAUCUGACAAAGUCAGGCUCCCACUACCAGCCAUCUCACCUGUUCACAUCCAACCCACAGGAAUGCGCCACAGGAUCACCACUUGCAGAUACAUCGUCCCCACAUUCCCCGAAACCCUUCCAAAUCCGAACGCAGCGUAGUUACCCCAUGCCAGUCCAAGUUCCCCGAUCACAAUCUGGCGAUUACGAUCAUUUUCCCCGAAGUCCGGGAGCUCAACGGAUCGAUAUCGAAAGCUCGGCUAGCCGAGGUCACUUUGAUGCUAUCCAUCAGCUCAGGCAGCGACAAUGA